AUGGCUCCUUCGGUCCUCGUCAUUGGUGCAGGCGGCGCGUUUGGAAGACCUCUUACGGAGGAAUUCAUCAAACACAAAGCUUACUUUUCCAGAGUUGCCAUCUUGUCAGAUCCCGCCAAGGUCUCUAAAUUUUCCGACUUCGCAGCCCGAGGCAUAGAAGUAAUUUCGGGAUCAUACUUGGUACCCAAAUCUUAUGAAGGCUUUGAAGUUGUAGUAUCUGUAGUUGGCAAUUCCAUCAUGAGACUGCAACCCGCCAUGGUCGAAGCUGCCAUUGCAGCUGGAGUCCGCCACUUUUAUCCAUCCGAGUUUGGAUCAGACGUCGGCCAGGAAACCCUACGCACUUUCCGCUAUCUUCGUGACAAGCGUGUCACCCGUGACCAUCUGGCCGCCAAAGCAAAGGAGCAUCCGGAUUUCUACUAUACGCUCAUGUUGACUGGCAUCUUCACCGAGUGGACUGCUGAUCCGUUUUACAAUAUUGAUGUUGUUGCCCAUACUGCGAACCCAUAUGGAUAUCCGGACAAGCCACUUCAUGUGACAUCAAUCCCGGAUAUUGCGAAAUAUACCGUUGAGUCAAUUUUAUUGCCUGUAACUCCCGGAGUUCAGAAGCGCGACAUUCGGGUAGUCGGAGAGAAGACUACGUUCCAAAAAUUUGUCGACGACUUGGGCGAGGUACAGGGAGUCAAGUACAAGGUCACGUACUUGGAUCCUGCAGAGGCCGCCAAAAAUGAGAGAGAAGCUUGGGCCCUUGGUGAUGAGGCUAAUGAGCUGAAGUGGUCAGUCAAGCCAAUGGCAGCUAGUGGAAUCGCACUCGUCCCUGGGGAGCUGGAUAACGAUAAGUUUUCGUUCCGCCCAGAAACUGUCAAGGACACCAUGCAAAGAAUUUAUGGGAAAUAA